AUGGAGCGACUGAUGGCCAGCCUGAACAAGCAGGCGGAGGCCCCCAAGCGCCUGGCGCGGAAGCAGGUGGAUGCGCCGGUGACGGGGCACGAGGAGGUGCACGCGGCCGGCACGGUCAACAUCUGGACGGGGCGGGUGCUCAAAGAGUACCGCAAGCCGCGGGAGAACCGCAAGAAGGAGGCGAGCGCGUACCGCUGCCACCCCAAGAUUGACAGCGGCUGGACGCGGGGCGAGGGGUCGGGUGUGGAGUACUGCUGCCUCUACUUUGCACGCGGCAUCUGUCACCACGGCCACAGCUGCGACUUCCUGCACCGCCUGCCCACCGCCCAGGACGAGGAGCGGCACCGCACAGACUACUCCCACGACAUCUUUGGCCGCGAGCGCCUGCCGGGGCACAUGGACGGGCGCAAGAAGGGCGUGGGCUCGUACGAGCGCGAGUGCAAGACUCUGUAUGUGCAUUACGGCGGCGCGGGCACGCUGCCCACUGAGCAGGUGCGCAACAUUGUGGGGGACAACUUUGGGGAGUGGGGUCCCAUAGAGAACGUGCACCUGGUGCCAUCCAAGACCCUGGCCUUCAUCAGGCGAUACCUGCAGCACCUGCGGCACCUGCUGCCCCUGCGGUACCAGUGGCGCAGCAGCGCAGAGUUUGCCAAGGUGGCCAUGCACCAGCAGACGCUGCGCGGCUGCGACACCACGGAGAUCCUGGAUGUGCGGUGGGCCAACGACGAUCCCAACCCGAGGGCGGUGGUGCGGGUGCAGCAGGAGCGGGAGGACGCGCUGCGGGACGCGUACGCCAAGGCGAGGCGGGCGGCGGCGGCGGGGGGCUGUGCAGUGAACGAGCUAGCGCCCGACGCCAAGCGCGCCCGCAUCCAGCAGCUGCACCUGGCCGCCACGGUGCAGCCAGGCCUGGCCUCCGCCUCCUACCCAAACACGGACGCGCAGUACGGCGGCGGCGGCGGCGGCCGGUACCGCCACUCCUACGAGGGAUGGGACCAGUUCUUGUACCAGCAGCAGCAGGGGGAGGGCGGCGGCGGCAGCGAUGGUGAGGCGGCGGCGGGCGAGGAGAGCGCUGACGAGGCGGGGCCAGAGGAGGUGGAGCGGGAUGAGGCGGCGCAGUGGGCUGCGUGGCAGGCCUGGCAGCAGCAGCACCCGGGCGGCUACUAUCCGAGCGGCGCUGCAGCGGCGGAUGAUUACACACGGUACAUGCGGCCAGAGGACCACUACUGGCAGCAGGCGCAGGAGCAGGGCUGGGCGGCGGGCGCCGCGGGAGCGGCGGCGGCGGCAGCAGCAGGCACGGUGGUGGUGGCGGCGCAGCAGCCGCUCAGCCACCAGGAGGCAGAGCAGGAUGAGGAUGAGGCAGCGGAGCAGGCGCUGGGGCUGAUCGCAGGCUACGGCAGCGGCAGCGACAGCGGGGGCGAGGGAGAGGAGGGCGGCGGCAAGGAGAGGUGA